AUGCGGUUCACAGUUCACAUAAUGCCGCCGCCGCGGAGGCAGUGGCCGCCAGACGCCAUUGACGAUACCCCACCAGCACUGAAAACCUCGACUUCGCCGGCGACUGCUUCAGUAACUCCGCUGGUCGCACUCGAGAAGCUCGCUGUUCCGGUCGAACCGACUUCUACCUUUGCGUCGCUAUGGAAAGAGAGUGAACAACGCUUUCGAAGUAUGAGGAAAGACGGCAUGGCCGGCAUGUAUUUCAGCCACCUGCAAAACCUCGAAGGGGGAAAGAUCACCAUGACGGACACGAUUGAGAGCAUGUACGAGGAAGGCACACCAGCUUCGGAACGACAGCUUUUUAUCUACACGGACUAUAUCGAUCGGCCCAGCGCAGUCUCUGGGAGCACCGGAAUACCGUUCCAGGGACACAAGAAGCGACCCCACGCAGAUGCGAGCAAUGCACAGCAAGCAACUUUUAAACGUCGUCGCAUGGAGAGCACUCAUCGCGGUGCGCCGCUGAAGCAAGGCGACGCAGAGACUGCAGGUUCGUCACGUGGAGCAGGGGACGAGGAUGUGCUUGAAGCGGGGGCGAAGUCUACAGCUCAUGUCCCUGACCGGCCUCGAACCGAAAUUGCCAACAACACAGGAUCGAGCGGAACCGUUGACCAGGAACGUGAGGACGCGACACAGCGACGCAGCCUUGAUUCCACACAGAAGUCUCCCCUCUCACCACAAAGUCCUGUUACCAAAACUGGUUCGAAGCAGACUCCGCCGCAAAAUGCCUUUCGUAGACUCGAACGGCGGCAGCAUGCGUCGGGGAAAGGGCGUCCCAAGAGUACCUGGUCGCCCGCUGAGGACAAGAUCCUCAAACAGGGCAUGCGAGGUAAUUGGAAUUCAAUGCGCAUCUCCCAAGCACUUGCCAGCUUUGGUCGAAGUGAUAAUGCAGUACGAGGAAGGAUCAGAUUGCUUUUGGCAAAGGACCCGUCGCUCCGUGGCAGCACGCAAAGUCGAGACGUUACGCCACGUUGGAAUUCCAGCCCCCCUCUAGCCACGGGAAGCACUGUCAUCCCCUCAAGCCCAUGCGAAGUCAAUGCCAUUCCAGCACCGACAUCGACUCCUAACAUCAUCGCCUAUGUGCAGCUGCCAGAUCCGCCUGUACCGGCAGAAGAUGGCCCGCAAAUCGCUGCGCAGAUUGUGCCCGAAAGCCAACUCGUCUCCGGUCAGACUGCUACUCCGCCCACCUCCAAUUCGUCAGAGAAGAGUGGGAAGCUGCGAGCACCAGCCCACCGGAUGUCCAAUGCUUCGCGCCUUCGCAAAUCUCGGAACCAUGCGCAAUCUGCACGAACGUCAAAGGUAUCCGGCUCAGGAUCGGUCGAUGCCGAUAAACCCUCCGUAAUCAAAUGUACACCUGAGCAAGCAUUCAAGCCCGUUGACAACAGUAGCCGAUCUCUCGAGAACUCCGAAUGUGCAGAGCGAAGCUCAGCGAUCGCGGGAUUGCCCAGUCACUCGGACGGUGGAGGCCUUGAGACACGAGAUGACAGCAGGCGUGAAGUCUCAGUCACGCACGCUGAGACGCUCGCGAACCACGUGUCAGCAUCCCAACCCAAAGCUGAUGUCACCAUUCCGCCACGCAAGCAGGGUGGUGCGACUCAGCGUCGCAAGGACAAGGCGCGAUGGCGAGAAGCUCUGGCGCUCGCGAAAGGCCAGAGAGCUGAAGCCGAACACAUCUUCAUGAUGAAUCUCAACAAGGAAGCGAUGCUUGAAGCAGUCUCUGUUGAGGACGAAGCAGAGAUCCAGCGCCUCAAAGCGCAGCGCCGGCGUUUGGAGCGUGAACUCGCACUUCAAAAGGGCGUUGCACCACCCAAGAGACGUGUGCCACCGUCCUUUUCCUGUGCCCAGGAUUCUCGGCCGCAUCUUGAAGAAGAAGCAGACGAGGUGGUGAUCAGAGAAGACGGCUGGUCUACGGAUGAGGAAGAGAAUGGACCGGAAAUGCCGGAUGAUUUCGAGGACAGUGAUGUGUACGAUGAAACCGCGUCGGUUUCUGCCCUGGACGACGAAUUCGAAGUAGUCGACGUAGACGUGAAGGGUGUGGAAGGACCGCGAAUCGUGGAGCUGACUCCCACGCCUCCUCCGUCAAUUGCUGUAGCCGAAGAACACGCCAAACCCAAGUCGAAGAAGAACAGGACGAAGACGGCGAAAAGCUCCGCCAGGAAAGCGACGCAGGCUCAAGCUCAGAACACUUCGCGGCCUUCGAUCACGCCUGCAGAUGCAAGACUUGCUGCAUCCAAGCCAACAAUGAGCCGCAAAGCCACCGCUUCUCGAAAGGCAAGCAUUCCCGCGUCUGACGUCGCCGCGAGGAGCAGGGCGUCUAGUGAGCUGUCAAGGAACCCGCCGAACACACCUCAUUGGAAGCUCACGCAUGACCAGGUGGUAGCCGCGCAUCUGGCAGAGUGUAAACGGAAGGAAGCACUUUGGUUAAAUGAUGAUGAUGACGGUGACAGUGAUGAUGAUUCUGAAGCAAGCAGCUCUUGA